AUGGCAUUCUAUCCUCUGCAAAUCGCUGGUCUGGUUCUUGGGUUCCUUGGCAUGGUUGGAACUCUUGCCACAACACUUUUGCCUCAGUGGAGAGUAUCAGCGUUUGUCGGCAGCAACAUUAUUGUCUUCGAAAAGCUCUGGGAAGGGCUGUGGAUGAACUGUAUCCGACAAGCCAAGGUGAGGCUGCAGUGCAAGUUCUACAGCUCCUUGUUGGCUCUCCCGCCAGCCCUGGAGGCAGCCCGAGCACUCAUGUGUGUGGCAGUUGCCCUUUCCUUGAUUGCCCUCCUUAUUGGCAUCUGUGGCAUGAAACAGAUCCAGUGCACAGGCUCUAGCCAGAGAGUCAAAGCCUACCUUUUGGGAACCUCGGGAGUCCUCUUCAUUCUGACGGGCAUCUUUGUUCUGAUUCCAGUGUGCUGGACAGCCAAUAUCAUCAUCAGGGACUUCUACAACCCAGCCAUCCACGUGGGUCAGAAACGAGAGCUGGGAGCAGCAUUGUUCCUUGGCUGGGCAAGUGCUGCUGUCCUCUUCAUCGGAGGGGGUCUGCUCUGUGGGUUCUGCUGCUGCAACAGAAAGAGGCAAAGACACAGCUAUCCAGCCCCUAGCUACCAUGUGCCACGCACAGAAAAGCGAAGGAACAUGACAAUGCUUAGUAAGACCUCUACCAGUUACGUCUAA